CCGAGGCCGGGCCCCAGAAAACCCGGAGCACGGAGGGGGCAGGGCCACGGGCGCGGGGGCUUGGCGGCUGGCGGGGCUGGGAGAGGUAGAAGAUGUGACGCCGCGGCCAGCCGCCGCCAGAGCAGCGGACACAGUGUCCGCGCCUGCAACCGGCUCCGGGGUGCUGCAGCUUGGCAGGCGGCUUUUUCAGAGAGUCGCGGCCGCGGACACAACUCAUCCCUCAGCCCGGCCCGCGGGGCCGCCGGGGCUCGCCGCGCGCCAGGGCCGGCCGGGAGCGGAGCAGCCGGGCUGCACGAGGCUGGGGCCCCGCGGGCGCGGCCGCGCGCCGCCGGGCGGGAGGCUGGGGGGCCGGGGCCGGGGUCGUGCCCCGGAGCGGGUCGGAGGCCGGGGCCGAGCCCGGGGAGCGGCCUCUCCCCACGCGGCUCCUGCAGCUCCUGCAGCUCCCGCGGCUCGGGGGCUCCGACCGGGAUCCGAAGGGGCCAUGGCAGCCGGGAGCAUCACCACGCUGCCCGCCCUGCCGGACGACGGAGGCAGCGGCGCCUUCCCGCCCGGCCACUUCAAGGACCCCAAGCGGCUGUACUGCAAAAACGGGGGCUUCUUUCUGCGGAUUCACCCCGACGGCCGCGUGGACGGGGUCCGGGAGAAGAGUGACCCUCACAUCAAAUUGCAACUUCAGGCGGAAGAGAGAGGAGUUGUGUCCAUCAAAGGAGUGUGUGCAAACCGUUACCUUGCUAUGAAGGAAGAUGGAAGAUUGCUGGCUUCCAAAUGUGUUACAGAUGAGUGUUUCUUCUUUGAACGAUUGGAGUCUAAUAACUACAAUACUUACCGCUCAAGGAAAUACUCCAGCUGGUAUGUGGCACUGAAACGAACUGGGCAGUAUAAACUUGGAUCGAAAACAGGACCUGGGCAGAAGGCUAUACUUUUUCUUCCAAUGUCUGCUAAGAGCUGAUUUUAAUGACAGCAUCUAAUCUCAUUUCACAUGAAGAAUACAUAAAUUUGUUAACGAGAGGAAAAAUAUAUACAGGUCUGUUUCAUUAAAUAGUUAGACAACUUUUUACCCCAAUAGUAAAAUGUUAAGCCCUUUUGCUUCAGCAAAGAAAAAAAAUCCUUGGAGCAUGUAUACCUUUUAUAUAACAUCUUCUGUUAUUCAGUAAAGGUUACCCAGAGCUACACACUUUUUCACAUAUUUGUUUCAUUUGAAAAGCUUUUAAAAUAUGCACAUUUACAAGUUUUCUUCGUGGAAAUCACAUUAGAAAAUUAGAAUUGUAUUUAAUCCCAAAAGUCCAUUAUGUCUUAUAGCAUACACUUAUCUACAUGUACAAUUUA